AUGCUCAUCCACAUCUUCUUCGCAAUCGUUGCCCUUACCUUGGCUUCUGUCUCCCUCUGCAGCCCAGAUGCGUGUGGUCCCGCUCCCAUCCAUGUCCGAGUUGGGGAUAUCAAGGUCGCCGGCGGGAAACGUAUGCGAGGCGCCGAGGUGUCAGUAGGGGAACCCAGCCAACCUCUCGCACUUGCACCGACCUGGGCCACCGACAUGACACUCAUCCACGGCAGUAGCAACGACUGCGAGAAGGGAUGGUCUGGGGAGGCCUGCGCGACCCUCCAAGGCGGGGUUUACAACGCCUCCGCAUCGGGAAGCCGAGCGAGCGAUCCUUCCACGACCGUUGACAAGCUCGCUCUCGGCACCGACGUCGUCAUCCCGGUUUUUCCCCUGAACGUCACAAAAGACUUCCAUAUAGCCCCGAUGCCGAUGCUGGGUCUCGGCCCAAACUCGACCCUUCUCGACACCCUGGCAUCAACUGGCAAGAUUGGGUCGAGAAGCGUGGGGUUCUGGGCCGGACGCGGCAUUGGCAGCAAAGCGGCCACCGAUGGAGGGCUGGUUUUUGGGGGUUACGACAAGACGCGGGUGAUGGGGAGGAGUUUUUCAGACAGAUUUACACAUGGUGUCAGGAAUUGCUCGUCCGGAUUGGUUGUCACCAUUGCUGAUAUCGCAGUCGGCUUGGCCGAUGGGACGAACAAAAGUCUCUUCCCAAAGGACAACAACAAGACCUCUAGCCAUGUGGCGUGUCUUGAUCCGUCCAAGAGGACGCUUAUGACCUUGCCUAAGAGUUCCUACUUUGAUGCUUGGCUUGAUGCUUCAAAGAUCGAUGCUUCUUUGGUCGGGAGAGGUGAUGGCUGGUGGGUUGGCAAUGUCGUCGUUCCAUCUAGCGUCGAUCUCUCCUUCGGUAAUCUCACGAUAACACUCGGCUCCGGUCUAACGGUUCGCGUUCCAAACGAACUGCUAGUUCAGCCGCAUACAUUCAUUGAGUCGGCCACCGGCGACAUGCAGACAGACGACUCGCGGUCCGAUGUGCUCAUAUACCCCAACCAAGGCCCAGAAGCGGACGAUCCCAUCGUGUUAGGGCAACAGUUCUUCGCCGCCGCGUACCUGAUGGUCAACCAGGAUGCGAGUCGGUUCACGCUGUGGGAAGCCAACAGCAAAGAAGCAGACACCGGCAAACCGGACCUUGUGGCUGUGGCGCAGAACAACUCAGACAUCACGACGCCGCUGUGUUCUCAAGGCUCAUGGGGUACCAAAAGAAAUCAAGGCGCCAACAACGCCCUCGAGACAGGGGACGAGCAAAACACCUACAUGAGCAAAGGCGCCGUUGCAGGCAUUGCAGUCGGGAUCUUGGCGCUGCUACUCUCUCUGGGGAUGCUUGCUUUUGUUCUCCUGCGGAAACAGGGUCAUCCAAGACUGCGAUGCUGCUAUACAUGGCCUCCUCCUUCUGUUAGUGGCUCGUCAGGUCCCAAGCCUAUGGACCAAAACAGUGGGACUGCGAUCGUACACACAUAUGACGGGUUGGCCAGAUCAGUACAUCUCGCACAGCCAAGGUCAGAUCCAGGUCUUCAUGUCGAGUUCAGAAGUGGAGGCUUGGGCAUUUGGGGCAACGAGAAUCAACUCGGAUUGUGCGAACUGGAGGCUCCCUUGUCGCCUUGGAUCUCAGGAACCGUGACGGAUCCCAAGGAGCUCGAGGGAAGCAUUCCUGCUUUUGAGAUGGAUGGGUCUAGCUGGGUCAGACAUCACAGUAGACGACGUGUCUGUAGCGUCUGA